AUGACAUCUCAACCAUCGGUGACAAACAGAGUAGAUCCUUUUGUUGACAGAAUUAUAUCAAACCCGUUAUCCUUCAAACCAGCCAAACAACCUGAAAGCGACCAAGCAGAAAAUCUUAAAGGGUUCAUUCGUUUGAAUAAAAAUUCGGCUAAAAUAUCAAAUAGCAGCGACACCGGUGCUUUAAAUACAAAGGAACACAAUCUGCUUAUAUCAAAGGAAGAAGAUAUGAAACCGCGACCAAGGUCAAUGGCAGAAGCGGUGGCUGCUUACACUGGGAAAAAGUUUCUUUCCAAAAGAGAAAGGGAGGUGGGUCGUAAUGAGAGAAAGGAACACUUGUUAGAUAGUGAUCUAGAACUUCAAAAUGAAGAAGAUUUUGGGGAGUCUGAAGACGACUUAUCAGUUAAAAGUGAAUCUGACUCAUUCUCAGACUCUAACUAUGAAUCGGCAUCAGAAUACCCUGUUGAAAGGACUGAGCCCAUAAAAAAUCAAGUCAAAGACGAAAGCCCCAGUCCUGGCCUUGAUAGCGAGGAUGAGGAUGACGAUGAUUUUGAUGACGACGAUUCAGAUAGCAGUGAGAGUGACAGUGUAGCCAGUUAUUCUUCUAGUGAUUCAAAAAUAUCAGACGAUUCUGAAAACUUGAAAAUUCAAUUAAAAGAAGAGGCUAAAGUACCAUUAGCCAAAAAACCUGUUGAUGAGAUAAAGCAGAGCAUUUCAUCCGAGAAGGAAGAAUCUACACCCCCUACUUCGCCCGAAGACGAGAGCCGCAAAGUACCCGAAAAGUCAACAGAAUGUACGUAUACUGCGCCUUUGAGUCUGUUUUAUAUGAUUAACGAGGUGAAUAAUGACCGUGGGUCUAACGAAUCUAAGAGAAUAUAUAAAAGCUGGCGAGAAUUUUCCAAGAGAAAGCCCGUUGGAUUACUUAAUAAUGGCGUUACUUGUUAUAUGAAUUCUGCUAUUCAAUCUUUGAUACAUAUUCCAGCUUUACAACAUUAUUUAAAUGAUAUAAAUGCAGGGAAAUAUGACAAAACAUUGAAAACUAGAUCGGUAUCCCAUAUAUUGGCCGAAUUAUCAAGGCGCAUGUGGGGUCUUGAUGACGGAAAGAAUAAGAAUAAGCCAUCUAAAUAUGUCAAUCCCAAAAGAAUUAUUCAAAGGCUAGGUGAUAUCAAUUGCAUGAUGAGCGAGUGGCAACAAGAAGACUCUCAUGAAUAUUUGAUGUCCUUAAUGUCUAGAUUGCAAGAGGACUCGACUCCAAAAGGUGUAAAAUUGAAUCAAUCGAUACUUUAUGACAUAUUUGGAGGCUUGCUAAAUCAAAAGGUGACGUGCUCGAAUUGUUCCAAUGUGUCAGAAACAAAACAAGAAUUUUAUGAUUUAUCACUUGGCCUAAAUAAAAGGCGAUCGAGCGGUUCAAAUAGGUAUUCUAUCGAGAAGUCAAUGGAUGAUUUCUUUUCUAGCGAGGUAAUUAAGCCUGAACGAAGUGAAAGAAAUUCUGGCUAUUUCUGCGAGACUUGCGAAAAGAAUACUACUGCAGCUAAGAUAAGCACAAUUGACAGAUCACCGGAGACCUUGAUUGUACACUUAAAGAGAUUUAAGUUUGAUGGAAACUCCUCCUCUAAAUUGAAGCAAUCCAUUUCAUAUUCGAAUCAUCUUGAUUUGUCAAAAUAUACUACCAAAAAUGAACCCACCAUGUACAAACUUAUAUCAGUCAUUGUGCAUGAGGGUCGAUCAUUGUCGUCUGGACACUAUAUAUCUCAUUGCCUACAACCAGAUGGCACUUGGUCGACUUACGAUGAUGAGUACAUCAAUAAAAUUAAUGAAAGAGAAGCUUUGACUGACCCAUCUGCGUAUGUAUUAGUUUACACUAAAUUAACUCCAAAGUUCAGUGAAGACAGAAAGAGAGCUUAUUCUACUGAAGCCAGCAUUCAAGCGUCUAAGAAGAAAAAGCGAGAAUGA